AUGGGGCCAGUCCCUGGUGGAAGGCGACAAAACAUGGGAAUCUCCCGCUCCCCGCCUCGCAACUGGAAAGGAAUCGGGAUCUCCAUGGUGGUGGUGGGCAUGCUGGCAUCUGUGAUCAUUGUGUCUAUCCUGAUGCUUACUCCAGACCCCCCACUGGGCUUCCACACCCCAUUGACUCUUGCUGACCUGGAGAGUGAUGCCUUCCAGUCCCACCAACCCCAGCUACACUGGGUGGCAGAUGAUGAGCUAGUGGUGCUAAGCGACACAGGGACCAUGAUGAAGUGGCACCUUCGUCAAAAGAACGGCACCCUGUUGGUGGACGACAGAGAUCUGCAUUUCUUGAAAGCCUCCAGGUGGCAGGUGUCUCCAGAUCUGCAGUUCCUGCUUUUGGCCUGUGAGGUAGAACAGGUUUUCCGCUACUCUGUCACAGCUCGCUACAUGGUCUAUAACUUGGGCACCAGAGAAACAAGCCAUCUAGAUGUGCCCAAGGCAGAUGCCAUGCACGUGCAGUACGCAGCCUGGGGAGCCCAGAAUAAUCAGCUGGUGUUUGUCCUGGAUAAUGACAUUUACUAUCAACCGGGUGUCUCCAGCCGAGCCAAGCGUAUCACGUCAUCUGGGCGCCAGGGAGUUAUCUUCAACGGGAUUUCUGAUUGGCUGUAUGAAGAGGAGAUCCUGCGGGCAUCCAGUGCUCACUGGUAUUCAUCGGAUGGUACGUGGCUGGCCUAUCUUACCAUCAACAAUUCCCUGGUGCCCAAGAUGGAGCUGCCCCAAUUCCUGGGAGGAAACUACCCAGCCAGCCGGCACUAUCCUUAUCCCAAGGCUGGCCAGCCCAUCCCAUCGGUUCAACUCUUUGUGGUGAACCUGUCUGGGGCAUUUCACCUGCUAGAGCUACGCCCUCCUGACCUCUUCCAGGGCAGGGAGUACUACAUCACCAUGGUAAAAUGGGUGGCCCGUUCCCGGCUGGCUGUGCGAUGGUUAAACAGGCCACAGAACAUGUCUGUGUUAGGCCUGUGUGAAGCUGCCACAGGAGUUUGCACUGAGAAAUACAAAGUGACCUCAGACUCCUGGGUGGACAUGCAGCAGGGAAUGCCUGUCUUUUCUGAAGAUGCUGAGACCCUGUUUCUGACAGUACCUGUGAAGCAGGGGCCCCAAGGAGAAUUCCACCACGUCACCAUGCUUUCCACACAGACCAGCCACAAGGUGAGCACUGUGCGUCUCCUGACCUCUGGGAACUGGGAUGUCACCAGGAUCCUGGCGUAUGAUGAGAACAGCAAACGGCUGUAUUUCCUGAGUUCAGAAGACAGGCCCAGUGCUAGACAUCUGUACAGCGUGGACCUUGAUGGCUCCUUCAACCGCACCUGCGUGACCUGUGGCCUGCGCCCUGGCUGCUCCUUUGUCGAUGUCAGUUUCAGUCCUCAGAUGGGCCACUUUAUACUCUUCUGCAAAGGACCUGGAAUCCCUCAAGUCUCUGUUCACUGUACAGCUAACCCCCAUGACUUUCUUCUCCUGGAAGAAAACCAGCCCUUGCAAGAUGGCCUUCUGCACAAGGAGAUGCUAUCAGUGGAAUUCUGGUCUUACCAGCUAGACAGCUAUGACCUGCCUGUGCGUGUGACCUUGCCGCCACCUCACCAGCGUGCCUUCUGUCCCCUGCUACUGAUGCUCCCAGAAGCCCCAGGAGACCAGCUGACCACUGAGGAAUUCCUCCUCGAUUGGGACACCGUUCUCUCUAGCUCUUUGGGUGCUGUGGUGGUCCGAUUUGAUGGUCGGGGCUCUGGAAACCAAGGGCUCAAGCUGUUGCACAAGGUCAACAUCCUGAAGCAUAUCGCUCUGAUGCACUGGCUGUUGGAGCUCCCCUAUGUGGAUCACAAGCGCACCGCAGUGUAUGGAAAGGCCUAUGGGGGCUUUUUAGCCCUGAAACUCAUGGAAACAAUGGAAGCAAGCCUCUUUAAAUGUGGAGCAGCCGUGGCACCCAUCACCAGCUUCCGCUUCCAUGCCGCCACCUUAUCUGAACGCUUCCUAGGGAUGCCAGCCCGUGAGGAUGCGGCCUACACGGUGGCCUCUGUGUUGGAGGACGCUGCCCGCCUCAAGGACAGAAACAUCCUGCUUGUACACGGAACUGGGGAUGCCACAGUCCAUUUCCAGCAUACUGCUGAACUUCUCAUCCAGCUGCUAGCUGCAGAGUCUAACUACACCACACAGAUCUACCCUGAUGAAGGCCACAUGUUCUUUUUGGAUGCCAACCAGCGUCACCUCCGCCAGACGCUGACCUCCUUCUUCCAGAGUUGCUUCGAGGAUUCAAAGCACACACAUCUCCUGGAUGAGGACGACGAGGACUCAUAGGGCUUUUCCAAGGAGGGAUGCUAAGGACCCAGCAGUCACCAAUCUCCCGUAGCCUUUUCUUUGCUGUGCUGCUAACGUUGGUAGCACUUUGCAACCCCCACCUUGCCACGGGCCAACAUUGUGUGUAUACUGCAUUAAGCACAUAAUUUGGCACUGACCACAGAAUUAAGCACCCUGAGAUUCUAUGCUUCCAGAUCUUUCUUUUUAAAAAAUA